AGAGCGUGGAUAUAAAAUUGAACAUAGUGAUAGGGAACAUUGUUAACUAUUAAUUACUAAGUAGAAGAAAGCAUACAAUUGUGUACUUAACUAAAUUAUAAGUUAACAGCAUAUUAUUCACAAACACAUGAGAACAUUAUAAGAAUUUUGGCUUUGUAUACAGAGAACGGGUUUUGGAACUAUUGCAAUGUCUUCGGUGGUAAUCACAAGUGAUGAAAAUGGCCAGCUUUGUAGUUCUUGUGUGUGGGAUGUAGACACUGGAGCAACUCUUGCAUCGUAUAAAGGUGCAACAUGUGCCACUCGCACUUUGAAUAUGAUUGGUAAUGAGUUCUUGAUUGGUGCCCAAAAAGAUAAGCCUCUUCUUCAUGUCUGGGCAUUACAUAAAAAGGAACAAUUUCAACUACGAAUGGUGUGUCCAGGUCAAGUGUCAGCACUAGUAGUUUCUCCUGAUGCUACUUACUGUGUUGCAGGGAUAGGUGAUAAACUUUACCUUUGGCAGAUUUCAACUGGAAACCUUUUAGUAGUUCUUUCAAGACAUUACCAGAAUGUUACAUGUGUGCGUUUCACUGAUGAUGGAUCCCAUUUUUUGUCAGCUGGAGAAGAUGGUUUAGUUCUUGUCUGGGCACUAUCUAGGGUACUAAUUAAUGAUGAGACUAUUAUUGGUGGAGGACAAAGUCGAAUAGAACCUCGUUAUUUUUGGUCUAAUCAUGCAAUGUCUGUUACUGAUGUUCAUGUUGGAUGUGGAGGAAUCCAAGCACGAGUUGCAACCUGUUCAUUGGACCAGACAUGUAAGCUAUAUGACCUUGCAUCAGGAAACCUUCUGGUGUCUGUAGUAAUGGAUGUGUGUCUGACCUCAGUAACCAUGGAUCCUGCAGAAUAUCAUCUUUUUCUUGGCUCAUCAGGAGGAAAUGUCUAUCAGUUGAAUCUAUACAAAUCUGUAGAAAGAGAUCUGCAUUACAGCACUAAAGCUAAGGAAAGUCUGACCUUCAUUGGACAUAGUAAACAGGUAACAUGUUUAGAUGUUUCUUCUGAUGGGUUGACAUUGCUCUCUGGAUCACGUGACCAAAAUGUAACUUUGUGGCAUAUUCCAAGCAGACAGUGCAUUCGAAAACUUCCACAUAAAGGGGCUGUAACAAAUGCCUUUUUUUCCCAAACUCCAUAUGCAUUGUUUCAAGAGGACACUGUAAGAAAGCUGACUCCUCUUCAAACUUUCAAGAAACACCUGUUUUCAGAAGAAGAUCUUGUUAAUGAAGAAGAGAAUGGAAAAAAUGGAGUGCACAUUAAUCUUCAUCAUCAUCCUGUUCUGCAGGUGAAAGAAUUAAGUCAAGAAGAUAAAGUUUCUCUCAAAAGUCUGGAAAAUGCUGACUCUAGGAUUUCUGCACAAAGCAAUGAAGAACUGAAAGAAGAAGUUGAGCAGCUAAAAAGUGUCAACCACCAGUUGUAUCUUUACUCAGUAACAUCUCUUCUCAAAUCUAAUAUUGCUGAUUAUGAUACAUAAAGAUAUUAAGAAAGGUGUAAUGUACUUUUUAUUUAAGUCUUAUGUACCCAAGUUUCAUGUGUGAUGUAAUAAAAUGGCCAAAUUUCAUCUA